UGGAGAGCCACCGGCGAUAGGGCAUACGGUUGCAAAAAUCACAAAGACCGAAAGACGAGCACGCAAGCGUUUCUGCCGUGCAUAUGUCGCAUCAAGCAAGCGCAUGUGGCUGCUCCUUGAACACCUGUCGAGCGCAAAGGAUUUAAAAUUAUUAGCUUUAUUGCUAGCUUGUCGCUCACCGCCUCUGCACGGGGCGGAACAGCAUGAGCGGACCCGGGCCACGCCCUAGGACUUUGCGGCUACCGGCAGGCAGGGCCGGUUAUGUCCAAGCAGAAGCGGCUACUACAAGCGGCUGUGCGUGUUUUCCAGAUCGCACGCAGAGGCAGCACUGUUGCCACGCCUUUGGAGAAGUCGACAAACACAGCGAACAGGUUGAUUUAUCGGAAAUGUGGCAUACCCAACGCGGUUCAGCUAGGCCAUACAUCGACGGACCAGCCGUCGGCAGGGGGAAGCAUGGAUCGUCCACAAUUGAAGGCAUCGGCGGUGUGGCCGGGUCACUACACAGUUUCACAGGCCCUUGCGAAGCUGCCUUGCCGGGGCAAUAUCGUGGAGAUCUGCAGUCCUGGCCGGCUGUGCGCCGAUGUGGCUGCGCAGCUCGCCCUCACGGAGGCGCGCAGCGGCUCGGUGCUGUGGCUAGCAGUGGGCGCCUCGGCGGCGGAGGGCCCCGGCAGCAGCCCCUGCCUACCCAAGGUACCCGUACGACAGCCCGCCUCGCCCUACCCAUACCCUUCCUCACGAACUACCCAUCCCCUUCUAUUUUACAAACCCCCUUAUCCCUAACCUGUCCCUAACCCCAUCACUGUGUUGCCCAUGUUCUUCCCCCCUUCAUCCCCGCAUCCCUCUCUCCCUCACCGUUCCCCCCCGCCUCCCGCAGGACACGCCCAACCUGGUCUACCGGCCUUGGCCCGUCUGCACCCCCGCCGACUCCCGCGCGGCGCUGCAGGCGCUGCUGCGGGCGGUGCGCUCGCAGCGCUUCACGCUGGUGGUGCUGGACUGCGUGCCCGCCCUGGCGCCGCCGCCACUCCUGGCGCAGCCGCCGCCGCCGCCGUUGCCCUCCCUGAUGCCGUCUGCCACGCAUGGGGGAUCCAUCAACCGGCAGAGCAGCGGCCAGCAGCAGCCGCAACACCCAGCGGUGGCGGCGGCGGCGGUACCGGGAGCAGCAGCUGCCAGGGCAGCGGUGACGUCGCCGGGACACAGCAUGGGUGCUGCGUUGGGAGCAGGAGGAGGGGCGCGUACGGCACCUGCCCGGACGACGGCAGCAGCAGCGGGACGUGUGGGGUCGGGAGAGGGUGCAGCGGAGGGGCGGGGCGGCCAUGCAUCAGCAGCGAGCACGGCGGCGACGGAGGGUGGUGUCGGGACCCUGGGGCCUGUGGCUGGCUCAGCUCUAGGUCCGACAGAGGUCACCGCGUUGCGAGGUCGCGGAGUUGGGACGAGCGUUGUGGGCUGUACGGCGGCGGCAGAGGGCUAUGGAACCAACCUCAAGGUACGUGCCAGGGGGUCUGUGGCUAGGGGCUAAAAACCGCGCGCGUGCCUCUUAGUACCAAGACAGGGAACCGGAAACCUUUGUUACGCCUGCCUCCCGCUGCCACCUCUCCGCCUGAC